GGAGUUACCGGCCAAUAGAGAGUGUGCGAAGGAGGGGCGGGAGCAUCAGGUUCGGGUGUGCGGUUGGAGUGAGAGGAAAAGCGCAGAGAGCGGCGCCGGCGGCUGGCGUCCCUUAGACAGACAGACACAGAGAGAGAGAGUGAGUGAGAGCGCGCGCACCGCGGGGACUAACAGGAGUAGUAGCCUCACUCGCAGUCUCAGACGCUGACACUCACUCUGAGACAUAGACAGCCUGGGGACCAAACUUCAACACUACCAAAGUCGCUCCGUCUCACUCUCUGCGCGCGCGCGCACACACAAAAAACAAGGGGCACCGAGAGGAGCAACAAUGCCGACCAUGAUCGAGAAAGGGCCCGAGGUUUCGGGUAAGAGGAGAGGCAGGAAUGGGGCGAAAAGUUUUCCAGCAGCUGCUGCGGCGGCGGCGGCGGCGGCACCACCAGCGGUAGCACCGGCUGUGGCGGCGACCAACGGCAACAACUCGUGGGAAGAGGCGAGCAGCGGCUCCGAGGACGAGCACGGUGGAGGAAUGCGAGUGGGCUCCCAAUAUCAGGCGGUUGUCCCUGACUACGACCCUGAAGUUGCAAAGAAUUGCCAGGAACGAGAGAACCUUGGAAUGCUGGUCUGGUCACCUAAUCAGAAUAUCUCCGAGUCCAAAUUGGAUGAGUACAUUUCAAUCGCCAAAGAGAAGCAUGGCUACAACAUGGAACAGGCUUUAGGUAUGCUCUUUUGGCACAAACACAAUAUUGAGAAGUCUUUGGCUGACCUUCCAAACUUCACACCAUUUCCAGAUGAGUGGACUGUGGAGGACCGAGUCCUUUUUGAACAAGCAUUUAGUUUCCAUGGGAAAACCUUCCACAGAAUUCAGCAAAUGUUGCCUGACAAAUCCAUAGCUAGUCUGGUAAAGUUCUAUUACUCUUGGAAGAAGACACGGACCAAGACCAGUGUAAUGGAUCGUCAUGCUCGCAAGCAGAUGAAAAGAGAUAAGGAAGGAAGUGGUGAUGAGAUUGAAGAAUCCAGUGCAAAUGCAGCUAGUAUCCUUGACAGUGAAAUUGAGCCAAGUAAAGAGGCAAAAAAAGAGCAGGGAUCUCAAACUGUGAAAAGCGUCCCACCCAAAAAGGACACAAGAACUGUUCAAGGAAAGCAAAGAAUAAGUCAGAAGCCUCCAAGAGGGAUGUUCCUGAUUCAAGAGGAUCUUGAUGCAUUAUCCACGAGCUCUGGUGCUGCUAACACAGUUCUCAGACAGCUUGAUAUGGAAUUAGUCUCACUUAAACGUCAAAUCCAAAAUGUGAAACAGAUAAAUGGUGCUCUCAAACAAAAAUUAGACGGUGGGAUAGAGGAAUUCAAGCCACCUGAGGCGAAUCAGAAAAUUAAUGCUCGUUGGACAACUGAAGAGCAACUACUAGCUGUGCAGGCAAUAAGGAAAUAUGGCCGGGACUUCCAAGCUAUUUCAGAUGUAAUUGGCAAUAAGACAGUAGUACAAGUGAAAAACUUCUUUGUGAAUUAUCGCCGUCGUUUCAAUCUCGAAGAGGUUCUGCAGGAGUGGGAAGCGGAACAUGGUAGCAGAGAAGAGAAUGCAAACGUUGCUGACAAACCUCAAAACUCUCCAGAUGUUAUUAUGAAACUUUCUGAGGAGGAGGAAGAGACUCCCUCUGUGCUUGAUGUGAGAUAUCAUUCUGCAUCCUGAGAGUAAUGCACAGUCAGUGAUUUGAACAUGCUAUGCUGACUACUGUUUAGUCCAGGCCAUCCGAUGAUGCCAAACUUCAACCAACCACCUCCACAAAACUCAUCAGGACCAGCUAGCUUGACACCAAAAAAGCUACAAUAUUCGCAAAUGAACGCUUCUGCCUUACCCUGUCUCUGCCACCAGGACAGCUUCUGCUACUCCUGGAAGUCAUAGAAAAUUAUUUGAUUUGACAUCAUUCUUUUAAAAACAAAAUGAGAAUUCACAAAAGUGCUUGUGAAUGUCUGUUAUCUCCAUUUAAGCAGUUCAUGACUAAUGUCUCCAGGGCAUUAAUAAUGUGUAUAUUUUUGGAACUGUGACUGCCAUUGGAUGCAUCUUUAUUACUUUCCUCACAGGUUUUUAUGAUUAAAUGUGAAUGCCAGGAUGGUAUAGCAUACUAACUGGCAUACAGGAAAUGGAUGUCUGAAUUGUCUCUAAAUUAUUGGGUACUUAAACUGCAGUUUGGACUGUGUAUUGUAGACUUUAAACAUACCUCCCAGUCUGAGGAAACUUGAAGGUAAAUUAGGGUCUUUUAUUUGCAUAUUCAUGAAAAGAAACAUUGAUCUGUUUUUAUUUAACUUGUUUUUUUUUGCUGUACAGUAUUUUAGAAUAGUACUUUCAAUAUCAAGAAUGGAGAGACCUUAUACUUGAAUAUUGCAGUUACUGGAUUGAAACUGAUCAUAUUCAGGUACUGAACAGUGGCACAGCUAAAUCGUCAAACUCGUUGCAUUAUCUGUUGUGCUAACCAUAAGGAAUUCUUGCUUAUUUAGCAUGGAAUGGGUUAAGCUCAACAUGCUAUACAGACCCGUUGGGUUUAUUAAAGUCAUUUGAGUCUAUGCAUGUUUCUAUGUAAGAAUGGGUGUUUACAAUUUCUACAUCAAUAUUUACCUGAAAUUCAAACCUUUUAUUAGUCCUUCCUGGGAGUAAUAUCCCAGCAUUUAGAAUUUUCUAAAUUAAGUUUGUUAAAUUUGCUUUAUGGGUUGCUGCUGAUAUAUGUAGUAAUGUUUGCCAGAAUUUCAAAAAAAAAGUAAGGAUUUAGUUUGCAAUCAAUUGAGCAUGUUUUUUAUAUAGCCUCUUGAUGUGCUCAAUAGGAUAAUGUUCUUUUUUAAAAAAGUCAGUGUGUUUAUAUUGCAGAUUUAUAUUUUAAUGCCUGUUACUGCUAAUUUUAACUGAGGUAAUUAUGUGAUUAUUUCUAAGGUUUUUGAGCAUAUAUACCAUGGGUUCCACAGUGAGAAAUGGUAAUAUUACAAUACUGCUUUGAAUAUUGCGCUGCAUACUUUAAAUUUUUAAGAAACUUUAUUAUUUCAUAUUGUAUCUUUUGCAUCCAUGAAGAGGAAGGGGUGCAAAUUGAAGAGCAGCAAAGGAACAAAGAAAACUGGGAAAACUGUGUGUGCCCCUUGUAUAAAAUUAUACUUCUAACUUCUCACUAUGCACUCAAAUUUUGCUACAGUGAAACAACAUUAAAUCCCUGUAUUUUUCUAAGACUAAAACUGUAAAAAUAGUAGUAAGAUACUGACAUAACUGUGCUUGUAAAGAUUGGAACAGUAAUAUAACGAUCAUAACCAUAAUUGAGGUGCCAGUGUUGUACUGGGGUGUACACAGUUAAAAAAAUCUCUCAACACCAGGUUAUAGUCCAACUUGUUUA